AUGGAUGAAUGCACGCCAUGUACAUUCCCCUUUCCAAAGGGAGUGAAGUUACCAACAGAAACAGGAGAAUUACUUGAAGAUCCAGAAAGUUAUAGAAGAUUGGUGGGAAGAUUGCUAUAUUUGAAUUUAUAUAGGCCUGAUUUGUCUUUCUCAGUUCAGCAACUGAGUCAAUACUUGAAUUGUCCUAGAAAACCACAUAUGCAAGCUGCUCUACAUGUUGUGAAAUGCAUCAAAGGAACAGUUGAUCUAGGAUUGUUCUAUCUUAGUAAUACUGAUCAUUUACUGUCAGCAUAUAGUGAUGAAGACUAG